UUCCGAUUGGGCUCCCAUGACUCUCUUCUCCAUGGGAAUGAAACCAAUCAUCCUUUCCCUCUCACUCCUCUCGCCCGAAAAAUCAAAACCGGGAAUGAGGGCGGUGACAAAGAUGGAAUCGUGCGUUCAGGUAUGUCUCCCUCCACUGUCAGUGUUCACUGUGAAUCCCUCCGCCUCAUUGAUAUCGGGGAGGAUUCUAAUGGUGUUUAUUUUAGGCGAAUGAAAAUGAUUGUUUCCUUAUCCACUCUUCCUCUCUUAGUUGGUCUCCAAGAAUCAUUAGAUGGGUUCAAUGUUGCCAUUGCUGCCGAGUCAGGCGAGAGCGGUUAUCUGCUGGUAAAGGAA